CGCUCGACGUCUGGAGCCUAACGAGGUUCCAGUGGAAAGCGACAGGCUAUGGUACUUGCCACACUUUGGAGUCGAAAACCCGAACAAGCCGGAGAAGGUUCUGUUUUAGUCUGUGGUGACAUCAGGGAGAUGUUCCAUCAGGUCCUGAUCCAACCCGAAGACAGAUGUUCCCAACAGUUUCUGUGGAGAGAUGGCGAUGACAGAAGAGAUCCUGACAUCUACGAGAUGAUCGUAAUGACCUUUGGAGCAGCCUGCUCGCCAAGCGCUGCGCAUUACGUGAAGACUGUGAAUGCUGAACAGUUUCGACAUUCGGAUCCAAGAGCAGUCAAGGCCAUCAUCGACUGUCAUUAUGUGGAUGACUAUGUGGACAGCUUUGCUACCGAGAGCGAAGCCAUCAGCGUAUCUACCCGAGUGAAGGAGAUACAUGCGAACGCUGGAUUUGAGCCAGUUUUCAUCCAGCUCACCAAUUGUGGAGACGGCAUUGGGCCCACCAGGACGAAGCGCGAGCGUUGGAUGGAAUGUGUUGGCAGGCAGCCACGGACGACUUCAGGUGCACUGUGAAGUAUCAUCGAGUUCCAAGCAGCGUAGUGAACGGCGAUCGAGUCCCUACCAAGAGGGAGUAUUUGAGCUUGGUCAUGUCCACGUUCGAUCCCCUGGGAUUCCUGUGUUGCCUUAUGAUAACUGCGAAGUUGCUGCUACGAGAGAUUUGGAGGCAGAAGAUCCAGUGGGAUGAACCACUUCCGGACGAGAUAUACAAGGCCUUUGUGAACUGGCGCUAGGAAAUGGACGCCGUGAGACAGUUCCGAUGUCCUCGCCAUUACUUCGGGCGUGGACUCGUGAGGGCUAUAGAAAUGCACGUCUUCGUGGAUGCAAGUCAGUCUGCAUUCGCGGCAGUGGCCUACUGGAGGGUCACCUAUGAGGAUGACGACGUGAGCUGGUGAGCUUCGUAUGUGCCAAAACGAAGUGCGCGCCGAUGAGAACAAUGUCAAUCCCACGGUUGGAGCUGCAGGCAGCAGUUCUAGGAACCAGGCUGAUGGACACUGUUAAGAGGGAGCACAGUGUGGCCAUCAGUGAUAUCGUUUUAUGGACGGACUCCAAGACGGUGCUAAGAUGGAUCGGCAGCACCCACCGACGAUAUAAGCAGUUCGUGGGCAAUCGGGUGGCGGAAAUCUUGGAGUCGACGAAGGUAGCCCAAUGGAGAUGGGUACCAACAGCCGACAACGCGGCGGAUGAUGCGACGCGUUCGCAAUGCCACGUGGACCUCAGUCAGAAGUCACGUUGGCUAGGCGGACCAGCAUUUUUGAGGCAGCCGGCAGGCAGCUGGCCGCAGCCUGAAGCCGGAUUUAAACGAGUUCCGGAUGAUAACGACGAAGAGGAGAUGCCAAGUGAGUUUUCGUUGGUGGCAGCGAACGACUUUUGUAUUUCUCUUCAGAGAUUCUCAAGCUACAGUCGGCUACUCAGGACUACAGCCUGGGUGAGGCCGCGGAGAACCUGUUGGUCAGACAGGCACAGUGGAAGCGACAUUCGAGGACUGGCGCCAUACAUAGAUGGCCCUGGAGUUCUGCGAGCAUACGGCAGAGUGGAUGCCGCAUUGUGUUUGCCAUACAGUGCGAGGAGGCCAAUAAUCCUGUCACACAAGCACAGUCUUACGGAGAUGAUUGUGCAUCAUUUCCACGCCAAGAUGAAGCAUCAAAACGUGGAUGCUACGAUUGCGGAGAUCCGAACAAGGUUCUGGAUUACGAAGCUGAGACGUGUACUACGGAAGACGAUCUCAGCAUGCAACGUGUGCAAGUUGCAUCGGGCGCGGGCUGCGCCGCCAAUAAUGGGACCCCUGCCGAAGGAUCGCCUGGAGGCCAAUGGCUGGCCAUUUAAGAAUACCGGACUGGAUUACUUUGGACCACUAUUGGUAAAGGUAUCGCGGCACACGGAGAAGCGCUGGGUCGCCCUUUUCACGUGCCUGACGACCAGGGCGAUACAUCUGGAGUUGGCACAUGACCUGUCAACUGAUUCCUGUAUAAUUGCGAUACGGAACUUCGUCUGCCGUCGAGGCCCAGUACAUAGACUGCGCAGUGACAACGGCAAGAACUUCAUAGGAGCUGACAGGGAAGCCAGACGAUUUGGCGACGUGUUCGAGUCAGAAAGGAUUCAGCGUGAGCUAUCUGGUCGAGGCAUCGAGUGGGUUUUCAAUUGCCCAGUGAAUCCAUCUGAAGGAGGAGGCUGGGAACGAAUGGUGCAGUGCGUGAAGAAGGUUCUGCGCUACACAUUGAAGGAGAUAGCGCCGAGGGAUCACGUACUGGUGAGUUUUCUGAUCGAAGCAGAGAACAUUGUGAAUGGCUACCACGAGGUGCCGCCAUAAUUUAAGCUUCACUUUUACUGUCGAGAGUUUAAAGCAGGAGGACAUACUGCGGUAAGAUUAUUCGGCAACAUUGUGCUAGGUUAUGACCGAUGUAUUUAUAGAAUAAAACAGAACCAGUGCCAGUACCGGCAAUCAGCCAGCAUAACUGCUAGCGCGGAUUUAAUUGGUGCUAUUAAAGGCAACUCCGCGAGACCAUCGACAAUUGGAUUUGCAUAAAAAAAGGUUUAGCGAAAAAGGUCAAACAAAAAAUACGUAAAAUUCCGUUGAAUAAUUCUGGCUAACUUAGCUCACCCACACAGUUUUAUCCCGUUGAUGAAUAAAUUUU